UUCAUUGAUCUGUUUAAGAUGGCGCUUCGGCCCGGAUCAGGGGGAGGUGGCAGUUUUAUGUACCCAGUUGGAGGAGGCAUUGGACCACCUCAAGGAAUGAUGCCCAUGCAACAGCAACAACAGCAAGGCUUCCCCAUCGUCCAGGUGAUGCAGCCCAACAUGCAAGGCAUGAUGGGAAUGAACUUUGGUGCACAGAUGCCUGGUGCCAUGCCUAUACAGGGUGGGAUGGCUAUGGGCAUGCAAACUCCCGGGAUGCAGUUCAUGGGUCAACCUCAGUUCAUAGGCAUGAGGGGCCCGGGGCCACAGUUCUCUGCGGAUCUUCAGAAACAGAUGGCGGAGGAGCAUCAAAAACGGCUGGAGCAGCAGCAGCGGAUGGUGGAGGAAGACAGGAAGAGGAGACAGUUUGAAGAACAGAAACAGAAAUUGCGUCUCCUGAGUAGCGUGAAACCUAAGACUGGGGAGAAAAGUCGUGAUGACGCUUUAGAGGCCAUCAAAGGAAACCUGGACGGCUUCAGCAGAGAUGCCAAAAUGCAUCCAACACCGUCUGCACAGUCUAAGAAACCAGACUCAUCGCCAUCUCAUUCAUCUGUCACCUCUCACUCUCUUCCCCCUGCUUUCCCCGACGACGAUGAGUUUAGUGACUUUGUGCAGGGCCCUGUCGAUACCGCUUCCUCAUUCCCUUCUUCCCUCCCUCCAUCCUCCCCUUCACUGAGAGCCGCUCAUGCCAGCCAGUCUUUAGAGACGGGGCCCGGCCAGCACCCCCCCUCUUCCCCUAUCCCUCACUCUCUCCCUCCAUCUCUCCCCGUACCCCUUGCCAUCCAACACUCUAAUGUCAUCUCCAGCUCCCAAACUGCAUUCAAAGGCCCAUCUCUGGAUGAAAAGAUGGUCUCAUCAUGUGAUUUGACAGCUGAUAAGAAGGCCCAUGUUAGUUUUAAGCCAUGGCAUGCUCUGUCUGAGCUGGGUCCCAGAGCUCAAGCCACAACCCAAUUUCACAGCUGCUCCAGAUCCCGAAACUGGGGCCAAACUCAAGACGACUUCAGUUCUGCCUUCAUCAUAGAGACAGCAUCUGAGUCUCUUCCCGUGGCUCAAGCGCCACCUGCAGCGGAAACCCCGCCGGUCCAGCCCACUAGCACCUGCGGUGAGAAGAAAAUGUCUGUAACUUCUGCCCCGCCUCUUCUCCAAGCUUCACAAAAUAAACACAGCUCGAUACUUCCUGCCCUGUCUCUAUUCGCUAAUCAUGGUGUGGGCGUCUACCCUCAACAAGACAUGCAGCCCAUGGUGCCAGCCUGGUUGUACAAUGACACCCUUAUCCCAGAGUUGUUCAAGAAGGUCAUUGAGUUCACCAUGACACCAACAGGGAUCGACACAGCCAAACUCUACCCCAUUCUGAUCUCAUCGGGCCUGCCGCGGGAAGCCUUAGGGCAGAUUUGGGCCUUGGCCAACCGUACCACACCUGGCAAGUUGACCAAGGAAGAGCUGUACACCGUUCUGGCCUUGAUUGGAGUUGCCCAGAGUGGUCUUACAGUCAUGAGUCUGGACAUCCUGAGUCAGUUUCCUUCCCCGCCUGUGCCCAAUCUACCGGCCAUGGCUAUGGCCAUUCCCGCUGUCCUGCCUCAGCACCAGCAGCCCAUCAUGACCCAGACACCCAUGUCCAUGGCGAUGCCUACCCCUGCUGCACCUGUCGUGGGUAUGACCCCAAACCCACCCGCUAGCUUCAUCACAAACUUCCCUCCUGUUCAGGCUGCCAAGGCUGAUGACGAUGAUUUCCAGGACUUCCAGGAAGCCCCAAAAGCUGGUGCCGGAGAUGACUCAUUCACAGAUUUCCAAGGAGAGAUGGGGAGAGCGUACCCCACCAUGGCAACAUCAUCCCAGAGCGGUGUUCCUGCCAUGUUGACUCCAGUGUCUGGAUCUUCAUCCUCCUCCUCAGAUAAAUAUGCAGUGUUUAAGCAGCUGUCAGUGGAGCAGCCUGCAGUGCCCACACCUCCUGUCUCAGAUUCUGGGGACAAAUACAGUGUUUUCCGAGAGCUUGAGCACCCUUCAGACAGAAAACCAGUUGGGGAGGGAUUUGCUGAUUUCAAGUCUGUCAGUGCCGAUGAUGGUUUCACAGACUUUAAAACAGCCGACACUGUCUCUCCACUAGACCCACCAGACCAGGCCAAGUUUCAGUCAACUUUUCCUCCUCCUUUCACUUCCUCUCAUUCUCUACCGCUGUCCAUUUCUCAGCCAGCCUCUCUGGCUCAACCUAGAAAUCCUCUCAAUAUGGCAGACCUGGACCUCUUCACCACAAUGGCUUCUCCGGGCCCCACCUCCACUGCUGACUCUGAACUCAGCCUGUUCCCCUCACCACCUCCAUCUUUGGUCCUGCCCACCACAGUCCCCAAACCUCCCACCGUAGGGGGUGAAGACUUUGGCGAUUUUGCUCUCUUUGGCUCCUCCACAUCCUCAGAAGUCGCACCAGCCACCUCUGCAGUGGGGAGAGGUGCUGGGGCGACAGUUCAGGAUGACUUUGCGGACUUCAUGGCGUUCGGGAGCUCUAAAGACCAGAGAAGCGAGGCUUGUUCUGGAGAGGGUGGCAGUGAGGUCCAGGGUGACACAUCCCAGCAGCGGCAGCAAAUCAUUGCCGAUAAGUACGACGUCUUCAAACAGCUUUCCCUGGAAGGUGGCCUGGCCUACGACAACAACAAAGAAAAUGGCGGGGGCUCUUUCUCGUCGCCCAAGAGCGACAAGGAUGACUUCGCGGAUUUCCAGUCCUCCAAAUUCUGCUCUGCUCUGGGGGCGUCUGACAAGAGCCUGAUGGACAAAGUAGCCGCCUUCAAGCAGGCCAAAGAGGACUCUGCCUCUGUGAAGUCCCUGGACCUCCCAUCCAUUGGGGGCAGCAGCAUGGGGAAGGAGGACUCAGAAGAUGCGCUCUCAGUACAGCUGGACAUGAAGCUGUCAGACAUGGGUGGAGAUCUGAAGCAUGUGAUGUCUGAUAGCUCCUUAGAUCUCCCUGGUUUGUCGUCCCAUCAACCCCCUGCUGCAGAGGCUGACGAUUUGAAAUUUGACCCCUUUGGCACAUCAACUGUAAGCAGUCUGGGCAGCUAUGACUGGUCAGACAAGGAAGAUCUCUCAUCUGGUCAAGGUAAGAAGCUUCAGGCAGGGUCUCUAGAUGGACUUCCAUCUUCAGCCAUGGUCCCCAGGAAGGAGACAUCUUUCGGAAGCUCAGAGAACAUCACCCACACCACGGUUGCCAAGGUGACCACCUUCCCAAUCGAAGACAGUGGCACCUCCACCGAGAGCAGAUUUGAAGCCUUCGCUGACUUUGGCUCCAUUGAGCAGUCUGGACAAGACAAUGAUGAUGACUUUGGUGACUUUGCCAGCACAGUUUCUGAGAAAUCUGACUCCCCUCCUGGAACCACAGAAGCGGGCUGGGAGGGCAACCAGGGCGAGACAACAGAUGAGUUUGGAGCCUUCCAGGGAGACAAGCCCAAAUUUGGCAAGUCUGACUUCCUGAAGGCCAGCGCGCAGCCCAAAGUGAAAUCCAGUGAGGAGAUGAUCAAAAAUGAGCUCGCCACCUUUGACUUGUCUGUGCAGGGUUCUCAUAAACGUAGCCACAGUCUGGGAGAGAAAGAAAUCGGCCAUGUCAUACCCUCUCCUGCCCCUGAGCAGCCCUUCAGAGACCGUUCAAACACCCUAAAUGAAAAACCUGCAUUGCCGAUCAUCCGUGACAAGUACAAGGACCUCACAGGAGAGGUGGAGGAGAGUGAGCGAUAUGCGUACGAAUGGCAGAGAUGUUUGGAGAGCGCUCUGCAGGUGAUCACCACUGCCAAUAACACCCUUAAUGGCAUCAGCUGUUCCUCAGUGUGCACAGAGGUCAUCCAAUCAGCACAAGGGAUGGAGUACCUGCAGGGUGUGGUGGAGGUGUAUCGUGUGACCAAGCGUGUGGAGCUGGGAAUCAAAGCCACUGCUGUUUGCUCCGAAAAACUACAAGAGCUGCUUAAAGAUAUCAGCCGCGUGUGGAACAACCUGAUGGGCUUCAUGUCGCUGGCUAAUCUCACUCCCGACGAGAGCUCGUUGGACUUCUCCUCCUGUAUACUGAGGCAUGGCAUUAAGAAUGCCAAAGAGCUGGCGUGCGGAGUAUGUCUGCUUAAUGUGGACUCACGUAGCAAGGCAUUUAACUCGGAGACAGACAACUUUAAGCUCAUGUACGGAGGUCACCAGUACCACGCCAGCUGUGCUAAUUUCUGGAUUAACUGCGUGGAACCCAAACCACCAGGCCUCAUUCUGCCCGACCUGCUCUAGAACUGGACUGCUGUGGGGGUUACAAGAGAACCGAGCCCAGUGCGGAACCCUGAGCCACAGUCUGAAGGAUCACGAGAGUCAUUCAGAACUGUCAAUAACUGUUUUUGCACUGUUUGCCUCUGAAGCUCUACUGCUCUCGCCAGUUGAAUUUGGGACGCAACUGUCUAGAUCUGCCAUUUGCUGUAGGAAAAUACGAUUUAUUAUCUACUACUUUAUCAACGACUAGUUUAUUUAAAUAUUGUACAUGAAGUAAAAUGUCUUUGUCUCUACAUUUCUGUCUUUUUUUAUCUGCCUCUGUCAUUUGGGAUGCACUUAAGUGUCUGGUUGGAUUUUGAUUAUUGCUGUUAAUUUCUCUACCAUGUGAAGUAAAUUCUUCGUAGAUGUUCUGCAUGUGUUAUGAAAAACAGAAUUGUAAUAUACACAAAACAAUAAAGGUAAAACUAUGAAGAGCA